AUGUCCGCUACUGAACAGCCCGUCGCCGUCGAGGCCCCCGUUGCCGUUGAGACCCCUGUUGUCGCCGAGGCCCCCGCUGUCGUUGAGGAGGUUGCCGCCGAGGCUGCCCCCGUCGCCGCUGCCCCCGUCGAGGAGGCCGCUCCUGUCGUCGAGGCCGCCGCUGAGCCCGUCGUCGAGGCUGCCCCCGAGGCCGUCGCUGCCCCCGUCGAGGAGGCCGUUGCCGCUCCCGUCGCCGAGGCCACCGAGGCCCCCGUUGAGGCCGCCACUGAGGAGGCCGCCGCUGUCGCUGAGGCCCCCAAGGCCGUCAAGGAGGAGAAGAAGGCUGAGAAGCACGGCUUCUUCUCCAAGUUCUUCGCCAAGAAGGACAAGAAGCCCAAGGCUGCCCCCAAGGAGAAGACCCCCGAGGCCACCCCCGCCGUUGAGGCCCCCGUCGAGGCCGCUCCCGUUGAGGCCGAGGCCUCCCCUGUCGUUGCCGAGGAGACCCCCGUUGUUGCCGAGCCCACCACCACCACCGUCGGCACCGAGCCCACUGCUGAGGAGGUCAAGGCUGUUGAGCCCGUCGCUGAGGCCCCUGCCGCCGAGGCUGACGCCCCCGUCGUCCCCGCCAAGGAGUCUCCUGUCCACAAGGCCGAGGAGGCUGUUGAGAAGGAGGCCGCCAAGGCCCUCAAGGCCGGCCGUCGUCUCUCGGCUCGCUUCACCGGCUUCUUCAAGCCCAAGGACGGCAAGAAGGAGACCACCUCGCCCAAGUCGGAGCCCGUUACCGAGGCCGCCACCGAGGCCCCCGUCGUUGCCGAGACUGAGGCCGUCGCCGCCCCCGUCGAGGCCGAGGCCGAGGCCGCCGUUGCCGAGGAGGCCCCCAAGCUGGACGAGCCCGCCAAGACCGAGCCUAUCGAGAUUGAGGAGCCCAAGGCCGCCGCACCACCCGCCGCUACUCCCGUCGCCGCCGCGGCCUAG